AUGGAUACUAUACAUAUAUCAAAUUCAGCUUGUUUGGCUGCUGCAAAAGCAUUGCAAGCUUUAAGUCAUUUACAGCCCGGUUUUGCCAGUAACGUAUCUCCUCGAUUGACGGAGAAUCAAAGGCAACAAAGCUCGAUUACGAAUACCCAGUUGUCCCAGCAGACAGUUGAGCAGAGUGGGCAAAUGCCACAAAAUGUUAAUAAUUCCAUGCAGUCACGACUUCAAUCGUGUUUCCCAACUAUCGCUAGUCGCCAAACUAUAAGUAUUCUGCAAGAAAUGGCAGAGUCGCUAAAUCGAAAGCACGGAAAGCUGGAGGAACUGGACGACCUAAGAAAAUGA